AUGGAGGACGCCAUCAACGCUCUACUGCGGUCACAAGGCGCCCUGCAGAAAGCCGUGGCGGAGCUGUGCCAAAAGUCCAGCCCGGCAACAAGCCACCGGACGCCCAAAGACGUACUGCUGAAGCAGACCCCGGACGAUGAAAUUGAGGCCUACCUCGAGACCUUCGAACGGGCGGCUUACCUGGAGAAGUGGCCUCAAGGCGCCUGGGGCUCCCUCCUGGCCCCAUUCCUCAGCGGGGAGGCCCAGAAGGCGUACCGGGGACUGCCUCCGGCCGAAGCCCACGACUACCCCACCCUCAAAGCCACCAUCUUAGCCCAGUAUGGCUACAGCCUCCCCGCCAGGGCACAGCGGUUCCACCAAUGGGCCUAUGACCCCGCCCUCCCGGCGCGAGGACAGGUGAUGAGCCUGGGGAGGCUAACCAAAAGUUGGCUAGUCGAGGGCGACGGGCCGCCCCUGCUCGACCGGGUGGUGUUGGAUCGCUGUGUCCGAGCCCUGGCCCCGGACGUCAAGAAAUAUGUGGCCCAGCAGGGGCCCCGCUCCAUUGAUGCCCUGGUCAACCUCCUGGAGAACCACCAGGUGGCCCAAGAGAUGGUCAGGGGAACCAAAACGGAAAGCCCCCGAAGAACCCCAAGCGCGGUCCGACUGGAGCCACCAACCAGGCCACGGUGGAGAGCGGACGACCGGGACGAGGGACUCCGCCGGAGAGAGACCAGACGGUGCUUCGCCUGUGGCCGGGAGGGCCACCUGAGCCGGGAUUGCCCAGGGAGGGAGGAGUCCAUGGCCACUGCACCUGAGACGGGCCGACCCUGCCACUACCUCACCACGUGCUGGGCCCACAAGGGCACUGCCGCCCCUAGGCUACCCGUCCGGAUCGGGGGUCAAGACGCGGAGGCCUUGCUGGACUCGGGGAGUGCUAUUACCCUGGUGAGACCAACCCUAGCAGGGGGGAGACGGGGAGAGGACAUCGCCGUCACCUGCAUCCACGGCGACGUACGAAGCUACCCCACCGCCGAGGUAACCAUCAUCACCCCUAGAGGUCAAUUCACGGGAAGGGUGGGGGUAGUCGAGAGCCUCCCAGUGGAGGUGCUGCUGGGAAGAGACUGCCCCCUCUUUCUCAGCUACUGGAGUGAGAGGGCGACCUCGGAGAGGCCAAGUCACACACCCCGACCCCGCCGGAAGGGCCACCGGGAACCCCACCCGGUUUGGGUGGCCCCUGCCGGGGAUAGUGAGGAGGAGGAGAUCUCGCCCCAAGGGGGGAGGGGACCGACCACGCAACCCCCUACCGAGAGCACGGAUACAGCCCCGGAGCGACCGGACCCACCACCACCCCUGGAGGCGGAAGGGGGUAGCGCGGGGGGGUUUUCGGAGUUUCAACCCGAACUAGAGAGGGCCCCAACGGACUUCGGCUCCGCCCAGCUGCAAGAUCCCCUCCUCGCCCAGGCCUGGAGGGCCGCUGCUUACAUUGAGGGCGUCCCACAAGGCGGGGUGAGUAGACCGGCCUACCCGUAUUUUAAAGUCCAGAAUAACCUGCUGUAUCGGACCUGCAACAGGGACCCGGGAGAGCUGGACCAACUUCUGGUACCCCGGAGCCACACCUCCAAGGUGCUCUACCUCGCCCACACCCACCUGUUGGGGGCCCACCUGGGAAGGGAGAAGACGUAUGAGCGGAUCCUAUCUCGCUUUUACUGGCCUGGCAUCAAACGGGCAGUGGAGGACUACUGCCGACAGUGUGCGGAGUGUCAACUGCACAGCCCCCGGGUGACGUAUCGCAAUCCCUUAAUCCCCCUCCCCAUUAUAGAUGUGCCCUUCCGCCGCAUUGCUAUGGACAUAGUGGGACCCCUGCCCAAGUCCAGCCGGGGUCACCGCUACAUCCUGGUAAUCGUUGAUUACGCCACCCGUUACCCGGAGGCCGUACCCUUACGGGCCGCGACGGGGAAGAGCAUCGCGAGGGAGCUGUUCCUCCUCUUCAGCCGGGUGGGGAUUGCGGAAGAGGUCCUGACAGACCAGGGGACCUGUUUCAUGUCGGGCGUGAUGAGGGAGAUGUGCCGCCUACUCCGGGUCCAACAAGUGAGGACGUCCGUCUACCACCCCCAGACCGACGGGCUGGUAGAGCGGUUUAACAAAACCCUCAAGUCAAUGCUGAGGAAAAUGAUCACAACGGACGGUAAGGACUGGGAUCAUUUAUUACCGUACCUAUUAUUUUCGAUACGUGAGGUCCCACAGGCAUCCACGGGGUACGCGCCCUUCGAGUUGCUGUAUGGGAGACGUCCCCGAGGGCUACUGGACCUCGCGAAGGAGGCCUGGGAGCAGCAGCCGUCCCGACAACGCACCCUCCUGGAACAUGUGGAAGCUAUGGACCAGCGGAUGGCAAAAAUCUGGCCCAUGGUCCGGGAGCACAUGCAGCAGGCCCAGAAGGAGCAGGCUAGACUGUACAACCGAACAGCCCAGGCGGCGCCACCGGAACACCAGAAGUGGCCACGGGAGACCUGCUGACCGACCGGCAGCGCCAAGACCUCCGCGAGCUGGUGAGUCAACACCGGGAUGUGCUCUCCCACCUCCCGGGCCGGACUACCAAGGUCCACC